CUUGAUCUUUGUCAGCAGCAGGGUUUCAAUUCACAUUUCCACUGUCUAACCAACCCCGACAACCCACGCGCAGACAUGGAAACUGAAGGAGAGCAACUCUGCGAAGCAGCAAGAAACGGCAACGUCGACAAAGUGAAAACUUUGAUAGAAUCAGGAGCCGACGCCUCCUACUUCGACAGCGAUGGACUCACGCCGCUCAUGCACGCCGCCAAGCUCGGCCAAACCGAUGUUAUCAGAGCUCUCCUCGAGGCUGGGGCGCCCUGGAACGCUCUUUCUCCGUCUAACCAGUCUGCUGGUGACUUCGCCAUGGACUCUGGUCACCAGGAAGCCUUUGAAGUCCUUGUCUAUGCUGGAAUUCAGGCUGAAUUGAUUUUGGGAACCAUCGCCAGGAAAACAAAAAAGAGUGGUGAUUCUGAAGGGGAUUACUUGGUAGAUAGGGUUUCUUUUAGUGAGGAUAAGUUGAUGGACUCUGAUAGCAAGGCUGUCAUGAUGGCUUGGGAGAAACCAUUGAUGGAAGCUCAUGCAAAAGCAGUUUGCUCAGGAGGUGGUAACAUACUAAAUGUUGGAUUUGGAAUGGGUCUUGUGGAUACAGCUAUUCAACAGUAUGGUCCAGCUACGCAUACAAUUAUUGAGGCUCAUCCUGAUGUCUAUAAGCGUAUGCUUCGCACUGGUUGGGGCAAGAAGGAUAACGUAAAAAUAAUAUUUGGCCGUUGGCAAGAUGUUUUUUCGCAGCUUGAAUCUUAUGAUGGUAUUUUCUUUGACACCUAUGGAGAAUACUAUGAAGACCUGAGGGAGUUUCAUCAGCAUCUUCCUAAGCUAUUGAAGCCUGGAGGAAUUUACUCUUUUUUUAAUGGCCUUUGUGGAGGUAAUGCAUUUUUCCAUGUUGUUUACUGCCAUUUAGUUUCACUAGAACUGGAGAAUUUGGGGUACUCGACACAAUUGAUUCCCUUGCCUGUUAAGGAUUGCUUGGGAGAAGAAGUUUGGCAAGGUGUGAGGCACAAAUAUUGGCAACUCGAUACGUAUUAUCUCCCUGUUUGUCAGUCCUUACAGGACCCUGAAUGAUGAUUACAUACUUCCAAUAUCAGAAAUGUUUUCAUCCCUUAAACUAGAGUUUGAUCGCAAAAGCACUUCAACAUCAUCUUCCAUCAUUUGCUGACUUUGGAUAAUUAGGAUUGCAUGCAUGUUACAUUAUCUUUUUGUCACUGGAUUAACUAUGUGCAGAGAACAUCAUGCAGAGAAUCAGUUGUAGAAAGAGAACUAGUCGAAUGUGUAUGGGCUGGAUCUAUCACCAAUUCCUUUGACUGGUUAAGCUUCUUGGCUGAAAGUAGGACAAAUUAGUCAAAAUUCUGUUCAUUUUGUCUGAUUCUACUUAUUUAUAAGCAAAUUUAUCAUGGUUCAAAAUUUGCUUGAGGAAAUCAUUCUACAUGCUUCAGAUAAUGAGGAAAAAAUCAGUUUAUGCAUAAGGAGAGAGACAUGAGUCAGUUAAUAUUUUAUAUUGACAGCCAAGGCAGAUAUCCGAGGAAGUAUUUGACAGAUCUUUUUGCUGUUGUAAUGAAUAAUUCCUUGUUUAAAUUGCUCUUCAAAUUUCCUCCUUUGCUAUCAUCACUAGCAUUAAAGCUACCUAAUCUGUAAUGAAAAGCCAAUGUCUCUGCUUUCUUGUUGGUUCUUUCCGUUGUUUCCUUUGGUUUUGCUGUGGCAAACCCAGUAAUACACAUUAAAAGCAUGAUGAAUAUCCUAUGCUCUGUUUUCUCUGUU